UGUCAGCUGACACAUUUUGUUUUGGUCCUCCUCCUCCCAGCUGAAGUCUAGCUAGCUCCCCUUCAUCCAUCUGUGUCUCCACGGCCGCAUUUUCUUCCACAGCAAACAGACAUGAAGAAGUUUUUCGAGGACAUAAAGAAGGACAUCAAGUUUAAAUCUGCGGGACCCGGGAAGAAACUGACAGAGGACACCAGUACCAAGCCCGAGGUGGUGCAGGGCAGCUCCAGUGCCAAGCAUAAUCGCUAUGCUCCCAGCGAAGGAUCCCAGAGGGCUGGAGCUGCUGCCCUGGCCAGGAUUGAGCAGCAUCAGCGGCCAAAGGUCCACACCUCUCAGGACGCCAUCAGGAACCAAGUGAAAAGAGAACUGGAGGCGGAGGCAGCUGCACUGGCUGAGAAACAAAAGGCAGAUGAAGCAGAGGGAGCCAAAGUGCCGUUGAAAGAUCCCGCCAUUCUCUCAGUGUCAGGUGUGUAUUUCACCUGUCCGCUAACUGGAGCCACGUUAACUAAGAGUGAGAGGGAAGUACGCAUUAAAGAGGCCAUUUUGAUGCGGUUUAAGGAGGAUGCAGUCGAGGCGUCAGUUAUGAUGAUUCACACAUUCAACAAAGACAGAGAGAAAGUGAAGGCUGCUGUGGACAUCAUAAGCAAGUAUGUUGAGAAUAUAUGUAAGAAUCCCACAGAGGAGAAAUACAGGAAGAUUAAACUCAGCAACAAGGUGUACCAGGAGAAGGUUCGUUGUGUGGAGGGCAGCAGAGAGUUCCUGGAGGCCCUGGGCUUCACGAGCAUUAUGCUUCCUGUCGACGGUCAAGAGGAGGAAGAGGAGUUCCUGGUGUUACUAGAGCACAGUCCUGAUGCCCUGGAGUUGAUGAAGGAGCGGAGGGAUCGUCUCCAGAGAGGAGAGCCCGUCAGAGCUCAGCUGGACAGACAACCUCAAGCAUUCAGAUCCUCUCCCAACGCCCAACGCUUCGAGCUGCCGCCAGAAUUCUACAACCUGACAGCGGAGGAGCUCAAGAAGGAGCAACAGCAGAGGAGUGAGUUGGUGGAGAAGAACGCCAUGCUGCGCACUAAAGCCAUGAGGGAGAAAGAGGAGCAGAGGGAGAGAAGGAAAUACAACUACACCCUGCUCAGGAUCAGACUGCCUGAUGGAAACCUGCUACAAGGGACCUUUUAUGCGUGGGACCGGCUGCCUGUGCUGUUUGCGUUUGUACGGGAGUCCUUGGUGGACGGCUGGCAGCCCUUUGACCUCAUCGCUCCCGGAAAUCAGAAACUAAAAGAGUCUGAGGAAGUCGCUCUUGCAGAGUGUAACUUGGUUCCUGCAGCUCUGCUCACAUUUGCCUGGGACGCAGCUGUGCAGGCUGAUAUCGCAGCCGCAGGUGGAAAGAGCGCCACCCUCCUCAAACCGGAGCUGCUGGAAACCAUUCGGACCCUGAGCUGAGCAGACGGACCGUCCCUGAACUCUCCCGGCUACCUCCCCCCUCUGGCACUGCGGGGGUGGGAUUGCCCCUUUCAAAUGACUAGCGAUAAGUUUAUUUUUACAAAUGCUAACUUCAGUCAGUAGCAGUGUUAGACCAGGGGGCAACUUCACCCUAAUGCGCUUGUUUUGCUGAGCAUACCCUUCUCUCUCCAUGUGGGGGUGACGUCCCCUCACAGACCGUCUCAGCAGCACAUUUUACUGAAGGAAACACUACUAACAGAUGUAAGGAGGAAGCAAGGACAGGUGGUCUUUUUGUUGCAUCCUGAAUUUACAUGCUGUGUCACAGACAGACUGUGGCAGCAGCCGUCUGUGCUCUAUCUAUCCAGCAGUCAGCCAGUCAGGUAUUCUUCAUGUGGCAUGUUGAGAGACCUUGUUUUAACUGUGUCGACACUUCCUCCUCUUGUUUGAAGUAAACAGUAAACAUCUUGCUUACACAACAGUUGGAUUAGCAGUGCGUCUGUACAGGCACGUAGAGGGAGAUCAGGAGUAGACGAGCCAAGUACCUCUGGUCAGAUGCUGUUGACUUGUGUUGGUGUGUCGGCACCGAGCUGCUGGGUGUCUGUGCACUUGCUUUGACUUGAAAUGCUAUCAGUCUUUUGUCUGUCAACUGAUGGUGGUCCAGUCUGAUUUGAUGUGAUGUGAGUCUGGCUUGCCCGUUUGUCCUCUGCUCUGCAGUGGUGUUGCACUCCUUGUUGUACAGCUGACUUCUGAUUAAAACUUUAAAUGUGAUUUAUCUGUACGUUUAUGAGCACAAGCCCAAAUCAUAAAUAAAACACAGGUUCAGUGUGACGGAUUUAGGAGGAUUUAGUGGUGAGGAUUGAAGAUUGCAACCAGCUGAAACUUAUCGGUUAGAAUUCCUGUUCAAGAGGUUUUAACCAGGAGCUGAAUUAUCCACAGAGGUCUCCUCAAAUGGACCAGGUGAUUUAAACUGGUAAAAAUGCUGGAAAAAGAAGUUUCACGUUGCUAAUCAGUGUUUCUCAGGUGCUGUUUGGCUCCUCACAGAGGGCUGCUCGCUCAGCACCUGCUAACGUGUGCUCACCUUUCUUCUCUGAUAACUUAAGAUCCAGUUGUUUUACUGGGAGCUGAAUUCUCCUCCUCUUUAAAAACAGAGUGAAGCAGUUUCACCUUAAAAAUCAGUUUCUUUAACACUACUUGGCACGGCAGGGCUGGAGCCAACUACUGCUAACAUUUGCUGAGCUUAUUUCUGUGAUAAGACCCAGAUGUCUGAUGACUAAAAUCCUUCAUCUGGUUAAAACUCAAAAUGACAAAAAUCUAAAAUGUGUAUUGAGAAACAUGCCCUAAAAAGUCAAUUUAUGGCAGCGUCUUACAGAAAACCACAACCCUGACGCAUGCACAGUAUGAUGCCAAAUGACAUGGACUGUGUGACUGCAAUUUGUCUGGGUUUGAAAAUUGUUAAAAAUAUUUGGGACAAUGUAAAAACACAACUCGACAAACUAUAUAACAUUUGUCUGGUGUUAAAAACACUGAAUAAAACAGUUUCACGUUACAAAUCAGCGCUCUCUGAUGUUGUUCGGCUUGUCGCAAACGGGCCGCUAGCUGCUUGAUGACCUUUCUGCUGUGAUAACUUCAGAUCCAGAUGUUCAGGAGGUUUUUACCAGGAGCUGAAUCGUCUCCAGAGGUCUCUUCCUCUUCAGAACAAAUGGACAUGUUGAUUUAAACCAGUAAAAACAAAACAAAAAUCAGCUUUUUACGAUGUGGUUUGCCUCAUCACGGAACUGCUGCAAACUACAGUGGUCGACAAGAAAACACAAAUGUCUCUAUCUAGAGUCAGUGUUUGGUUUGUCCUUUCUGGGCUACUGUAGAAACAUGGCAGCGCAACAUGAUGCUCCCUAUGUCGAUAUAAACGGCUCAUUCUAAAUUUACAAAACCACAAUUCUCAUUUUCAGCUGAUUCUACAUCGAAGAAAACAGAGUUAUUAUAUCAUAUUCCAUUUUGCCUGUAUAUCCCUCUACGUCCUUCACACUGAACCUUUAAAUUAAGGUCAUACACUCACGCGGUCCCCAAUAUAUUCAGUUUAUAAGUGUUAGCCAUGUGCUGACAGUGUGAUGGUGACUCUAAUACCAAAAUAUUUUCUUGUAUUUCAACUUUUAAGCACUUUUCGGGACUAUUUAAACUUUAUAAAACACUAAAGAGCGUCCUAGAUGUAAAAUGACAGAUGUCGAUCAUGUGACUGUGUCCACAGUACUCUAGUGAUGAAUGGUUUAACGCAGACGCUCGCUGCAGAAGCUUCAUGUAACCAACUCGCUCCUCUGGCAUGCAGGCAGGCAUGAUUUACAUUUCUGUUGUUAAACCUGGCAGCAUGGACUCGUGUUGUCUCGAUGAUGGUGGUUUUUAUUCAUCUUUGAGUACCUGUUUGUAUCAAACACACUUCCUUGAGGUAAAAAAGGGUCUUUAUUUCAAACAGAAUGGGAAUACGUAACAGUGUGAUCCAUAGCGCCUCCCAGCACACUGAGUGCAAUGAGAAAUCAAAGCUGUGUUUUAAUUUACCCUAAAAUUCUGUUAACUGUUUGAGAUCCAGCCUUUCCCUUAAAAAGUGUCAUUAGGUAUGAUAAAUUAAUUUUGGUAGUGGUUUUGUUGUGCAUGAAUCUAUACCAGGUAAAUCUGUCAGAACCAAGUAUAGUUUCUCGUGUUAGUGGUCGGUUAAGAUGACAACAGCCUACCUCCCAUCGCUCAUGUCUGAUACAUCCCAAGUGAGUCGUACAGAAACAUGUGACUGAAACAGAUCUUAAAGGGGCGGUUUGGGUUUUUUAAGCAGGGUUGUAUAAGGUGCAUAUCCACAGUCAGAGUGUUAUGUACAGCAGAUGGCGGUCGACUCGGCACGCCUCCGUUUUGGAGAAGCAGGCAGCAGUACCGCCACUGAAGCUAAGCAAUGUGCUGCUGCGAACAGGGGCAGCAGCAAGACUUGUUUUAGCCGUCACAAGAAUUCUAGAUUGGUUGAUAUGUGAGCUAUAUUUAAAAUAUUGUCUCUGCUUUACCUUGCUGUCAGAGAGCUGUUAUCUGUGCGCCAGUCAUUUUACCUCACAGAUCACGGGAGCCGCUGGUGUAGCACUGCCUCGGUCAGUUUGCUUGUGUUCCUGUGUGAUUUUGGUGUUAGGGUUAGUUUGGAUUCAUUAGAGGUCGUACACAUGGCGCGUUUUUUACCGCCUGGAAAACACAAGGUCGGGCACUGGGUGCUACUUUUGUGCCUUUUUUGGGCCACGAUCAAGAGGUGCAGCUGUUGAAAUCCUGAGUGCAGAGCCGAUUGUCUUCCAGAAGCUGCUUUUAAGUGUGUAGGCCUAUCGUCUGUGGGACAGAUGUGACGCUCUGAGUAGCCCUGCGCUAAAAUGUAUCAGACUGAUAUUUACAGAAGAAGGGAAAGAUAUCUGUUGACUGUGAUUGGUUGUUCCUCGUCACAUGACGUGCAGUGUGUGCUGCUGUGUUCCAAAAGUAGAACUUGUCUACUAUUUAUCUUAGAGCGCAGCUGUCGCACCCUAAAAAAUGGGUGCUCAGGAACGGCGUUUGAGCACGCCUGCCACACGUCUACACUGAAAACAAUGAAUUUGAGAAUGCAAAAAAUUGGGCGUGUGUACGGCCUCUUAAAGGGAUAGUGCACCCAAAAAUGAAAUUCCAGCCAUUAUCUACUCACCCAUAUGCCGAGGGAGGCUCAGGUGAAGUUUUAGAGUCCUCACAUCACUUGCAGAGAUCCAAGGGGAGAGGAGGUAGCAACACAACUCCACCUAAUGGAGGCUGACGGCGCCCCAGAUUCAAACGUCCAAAAACACAUCAUUGAAACCACAAAAUAUCUCCAUACUGCUCGUCCGUAGUGAUCCAAGUGUCCUCUAAAACUUCACCUGAGCCUCCCUCGGCAUAUGGGUGAGUAGAUAAUGGCUGAAUUUUCAUUUUUGGGUGCACUAUCCCUUUAAAGUCACACUACAAAACGAACAAACUGCUUGAGGUAGUGGCAGCUGAGCAACUCCCAUGUUCUGCAAGGUAAAAUUACUCGGGUAAAAAAGGAGACAAAGAUGGAAAAAAAAAAAAAAAACGCUUUAAAAUGUGGCUCUCCGAUCGAUCUCAGCAUUACGAUCCAGGGAAAAACUCGCCCCAGUAUUUAUGUGGUCUGCCUGUGACAAAUGUAAUGUGAGGUGGACAUCAGGUCAGGGCAAAAAAAAUAAAAAAGUGAUGAGUGCAGAGCCAAGUCCAAAAUGGUAUUGAAGUAUUCCUGUACAUUGUAGGGAGCUGAAGUGAAUCCAGGUCAUGGUGAUAGAAAGUGCGGUAUCGUAGGCAG